AUGGCGGCCGUAAAUGGGUAUCAGGGAAAUACUCCGGCUGAUCCUCCGGCGACUAAUGGAUCAAAACAACCUGUUCCUUCGACUAAAACUGUCGAUAGCCAAUCUGUUCUCAAAAGGUUGCAAUCUGAAUUGAUGGGAUUGAUGAUGGGAGGUGAUCCGGGAAUAUCGGCUUUUCCAGAGGAAGACAACAUUUUUUGCUGGAAAGGGACGAUAACAGGAAGUAAAGAGACUGUGUUUGAAGGAACUGAGUAUAGACUUUCGCUCUCCUUCUCUAAUGACUAUCCUUUCAAACCUCCAAAGGUUAAGUUCGAGACAUGUUGUUUUCACCCGAAUGUUGAUGUCUAUGGCAAUAUCUGCUUGGACAUUCUUCAGGAUAAAUGGUCAUCUGCUUAUGAUGUGAGGACAAUAUUACUAUCGAUUCAGAGCCUUCUGGGAGAACCCAACAUCAGCUCACCAUUGAACACUCAAGCAGCUCAGCUCUGGAGCAACCAAGAAGAGUAUAAGAAGAUGGUUGAGAAGCUCUACAAGCCUCUCAAUGCAUGA